CCGCUCUCACGACACCCCCCCUCACCUCACUCUCCAGCGGCCCCAAAACCCUAGCCAGGGAGCUCGGCCCGCCGCGGGGAGAUCGCGCGGAGGAGCUCCAACCUCGCCCCGCCGCAACGCCCCCCUCGCCCCCCCGCCUGCCGCGUGUCGCCAUUCCUCGGUACUCUCCAUUGCCAGGAAACCAGUGGUUAAUCAGUUAACCAGUCAAAAUGCAGUUCCAGUCUGGCAACUGUGCCAAAACGUUGGCAAAACUAGAUGGAUCUGGUGCAAAAGAUUUGUCAAUCGACCCAAGCACAUUUGGUUUUCCAAAAGAUGCUAAUCAGGAAUAUUUUGACCGGGCUUGCCAGUACGGUUAUCCAGUUUCAACACAAGGCUUUCAAGAUAAAGGAUUUUCACCAAACGUUCCAGAUUUUGUUCCGAAUAAUGCUUCUGCUGCACUCGGGGAAUAUCAACAAUUUGACCACUUUUCCAGACCACUUAAGCCUCUAGCACCUGAUGGAAACCAGGUGCAAAAUAGUGGCAAAAAUACCACACAUCGCAGUAGACCUUCUAAUGCAUCCUCCUGCCUUGAUCAUGUAGAAGACAUAACUUCUCAUGACACGGAUGGUUAUGACGACAGAGCUAUCUCAUUUGGGAGUAGCUGCAGCACAGGAAUUGCAUGUUAUCCAUAUAACAGCCCUAUGCAAAGCGAUAACUGCAUUGCAGACAUGCAGGAUGGGACCUGGGCUGCUCUUAUGCAAAUGCAACAGGCUUUGGAGACGCCUAAUGAAGAGUGCAGUGACUUGACUUUAAAUAACACAGAACUUUCAGGUGGGAAUACCAUGCAGCAUCAAGUUGUUUGGGACAAUGGCUGUUUAGCAAGUCCGUCUUUCACCUCAAACUUUUUACCCUUCCCUGGAGAGGCUGAAACCACGGUCACAAAUACCAGUGCUAUGUAUAACUUACGUAACUCUGUUGAUCUCCCGUAUGAUAAUGAUCAAGACAUAUCAUCUUUUGAGCUCAAAAUGGCUGAACAGAAAGAGGCAACCACAAGCCAUGUUUGUGAACAUCAAGAUGAAGUGCAUUCUACUGAACGGGGAGAAAAUCCUGGCCACGAUGAAUCUUUUGAUUUGACCCAGGACAGACAGUUCAGUUCAUUUGUAAACGGUGCAGAUGGAUCUGUAGAUAGUGGAAUGAACCUUUAUGAUUGUGAAGAGCAAAUGGAAAUUGAUUCACUUCUAAAUUCAUUUGGAGCAUCAAGUGAUACCUUUCCACAGACAUAUGAAAUAUUACAGAAAGGUGAAUAUAUUGCUGACCUUGAUAAAAAGGCUAAAUUAGCGGAAAGCAUUUCUGCUACAUUCAUCACUGAUACUGUGCCAUAUAUUACACAAGCUGGGGUGACUGAGUCAACUGUCUCUGAUGAAUCUUCUUGGACUCAACAAUAUCAAUCUACUUCCCAGUCAUGUGGUUUAUCUUAUUCUUCAGCUUCUCAAUGGGAAACCAUGCCAGGUACUGUUUUUCCUUUAGGGAGUUGUCAAAAUGAUGUUAGUGAGUCCAAUUCAAUGACUAGCCUGGGGACAAAUUGCGAUCUCCUGUUAUCUUUUGGCCAUACUUCAAUGCAGCAGCAACAGAGUGUGUUUAGUGAUACUAAUUUGGAAUUGAUUGACAAUGUUGCUAACCCUUAUCAAGAGUUCGUGACGGGCGUGGAUGGUCAAACGAGCCACCUAUACCAUGCUGAAGCACUGGCAACCCAAGAUGUAUGGGCGCCACACCCUGAUAUGAUGGUACACUCUUCAACUGAUAAUGGACAUUCAGAUAUACAGCUGCCCAUGACACAGAGUACUACAGUUCCGCUGCCUGCUCCGUGCUUGUCCAAGGACCCCAACUCAUCAUUUAUUGGAGAAGAGGUUCAGAGGGUUGGCAAAAAUCAUUCAGAUAUGCAGCUUCCCUUGACACAGACUAGUCAUGUUCAGCAGCCUGCUAUGAGCUUGUCGGAGUACCCGAUCUCCUCAUUUGUUGGAGGAACAAAGCUUAAGAAAGUUGACAAGCAUGAUCCAUAUAUGCAGCUUCCCGUAACACAGGCUAGUCAUGUUCCACUGCCUGAUAUGAGCUUGUCUGAGGAUCCGAAAUCAUCAUUUAUUGGAGGAACAGAGCUUAAGGAAGUUGACAAACAUGAUUCAGAUAUGCAGCUUGCCAUGACACAGGCUCGUCAUGUUCCGCUGCCUGCUGUGAGGUUGUCCGAGGAACCAAAAUCACCAUUGAUCGCAGGAACAGAGCUUAAGGAAGUUGACAAACAUGAUUCCGAUAUGCCGCUUCCCAUGGCACAGGCUAGUCAUGUUCCGCUGCCUACUAUGAGCAUACUCGAGAAUACGAAAUCGGCAUUUGUUGGAGGAACAGAGCUUAAGGAAGUUGACAAACAGGAUUUAGAUAUGCAGCUUCCCGUAACACAGGCUAGUCAUGUUCCGCUGCCUGCUGUGAGGUUUUCCGAGGAAUCAAAAUCAUCAUUGAUCGCAGGAACGGAGCUUAAGGAAGUUGACAAACAUGAUUCAGAUAUGCCGCUUCCCAUGGCAGAGGCUAGUUGUGUUCCACUGCUUGCUAUGAGCUCACCCGAGGACAUGAAAUCGUCAUUUAUUGGGGGAACAGAGCUUAAGGAAGUCGACAAACAUGAUUUAGAUAUGCAGCCUCCCAUGACAAAGGCUAGUCAUGUUCCGAACUCAUCAUUGAUCGCAGGUACAGAGCUUAAUGAAGUUGGCAAACAUGAUUCAGAUAUGCCACUUCCCAUGGCACAGGCUAGUCAUGUUUCGAACUCAUCAUUGAUCGCAGGUACAGAGCUUAAUGAAGUUGGCAAACAUGAUUCAGAUAUGCCACUUCCCAUGGCACAGGCUAGUCGUGUUCCGCUGCCUGCUAUGAGCUUACCCCAGGACACAAAAUCAUCAUUUAUUGGAGGAACAGAGCUUAAGGAAGUUAACAAACAUGAUUCAGACAUGCAACCUCCCAUGACACAGGCUAGUCUUCCACUGCCUGCUGUGAGCUUGUCCGACGACCCGAAAUCGUCAUUUAUUGGAGGAACAGAGCUUAAUGAAGUUGGCAAACAUGAUUCAGAUAUUCAGCCUCCCAUCACACAGGCUAGUCAUGUUCCACUGCCUGCUAUGAGCUUAUCAGAGGACCCAAAUUCAUCAUUUAUCGCAGGAACAAAGCUUAAGGAAGAUGACAAACAUGAUUCAGAUAUGCCGCUUCCCAUGGCACAAGCUACUCAUGUUCCGCUGCCUACCAUGAGCUUAUCUGAGGACAUGAAAUCAUCAUUUAUUGGAGGAACGGAGCUUAAGGAAGUUGACAAACAUGAUUCAGAUAUGCAGCCUCCCAUGACACAGGCUAGUCUGCCUGCUGCAAGCUUGUCCGAGGACCCGAAAUCAUCAUUUAUUGGAGGUAUAGAGCUUAAGGAAGUUGACAAACAUGAUUCAGAUAUCCAGUUUCCCAUGACGCAGACUGUUUGUGUUCAGCUGCCUGCUCUGAGCUUGUCCAAGGACCCCGACUCGGCAUUUGUUGGAAGAACAGAGCUUAAGAAGGUUGGCCAACUUGAUUAUAGUCACAUUGGAUAUCCUCAGCUCUCAGCAAGCAAACCUUCACACCCAAGCGGUUUGCCAGUUAUAAAGUUUGAUGACGAGGUGGGUUCACGGUCAAAGAAGCGGAAAAGGUCAACAGCAGAUGUUUUAGCGUUUCGUGCACAAGCCGUGUUCGAGGGUGGGAGACUGCAAUGUAGAAGGACACCUGAGUUGGCUUGGGCUGAUGCCACAUUGACUGAGAAGGUAGAUGGUGAAAAAGCAACGACGGAAAAUAGCACCUUCAUUUCUCGAGCUCAGAGAAGACUUAAUUUAACAACCAGCUUGAUUCAGCAUCUCCUUCCUGCUCUGUCAGCGAGACUUCUUGCAGCAAAAGUUGCUGAUUGUGGUGAAGCCAUUGUGUACCGCAUUUGUAAACCGGUGCUCAGUGAUAUGUCUGACCCAGUUCAAUCUUUUGUCGACACCAACAACUUCAUGCAAAGUGAAAACAUGCCACCGAACAAGACAAGCACCUCCGGAGAGGAAGACUGUAAUAAACUCUUAUCUGAAGUUCUGGAAACCUUUGAUGCGAGGCUUGGCUGGCUACAAAGCUCCUUGUCAAGAAUCGAGGCGAUGCCCAGCUUCCAAGACUACGCGUCGGCACUACGCCAAAUCGAGCAGUGGUCCAUGACUCAUCAGUUCAUAAAGUUUAACGAACAUAAGAGACUGCACGCCGGCUACGGCUCGGGUUCUAAAAGCCCUCUCUGCGUCGGAACCAUCCGGAAGCAUGCUGGAGGAGGUUCUUCCGCGCCAGUCUCGGAGCUGAAAAGGAUUCGUUGCCGCGUGCUCAAGUAGCCGCUCGCUCGCCCCCAAGAAAAAAAAGUAUGUGAUCAAUGCUGAUGCGGUGGUGCACCCCUGUGCUAAGAGUUAGGAGGGUAUUAGGUGGGUUUUAACUUGGUGAAGUAGUGUAUUUUGGGAUGACGUGCGGGCACGGAAUGUGCUGUGUCGAUGUCCUUCAGCAAACAGGGCAAGAACGUGCUUCGGAACUGGGAUGAUGUCCGGGACCCUGUGCACUGUCACUGCCGGAUGAGCGCGCCGGUGGCUGUCGUUGCCGGAGAAAACGACCCUGCUGUGGCGGGGUUUCCAUGAGUUGAGCUAGUGUGAGUGUUGGAUGGACGGGGUAUCGAGAGAGAGAGGAAGAGACAUUCCCAGCUGCAACUGCUUCCUGUUGUUACAUUGAUCAUACACUGACCUGACAAAAAAGGAUGCUGGGCUUCCAACUGCACGUCAGGAUUAACGCAAGUUCUUAACGCAAGUUCUUGCUCUGUACGUCAGGAUUAAAGCCUGAUACCUGAUAGAGCAUGAACCUUGUUUUUGA